ACGCCCCCUCCCGGCGCGGUCUCCUCACGGCGGCGGCGGCGGCUCCAUUUUCUCCCGCGGCCCCGCAGCGCCCGGCUCGCCUCAGCCCCGGCCGGCGGAGAAAGAGAGAUUCGAGAGACGAUCCCCCCCCCUUCCCGCACCACCCCGUUCUUCCCUCCCCCGCGCCGCCAUGAAUGAGGAGUACGACGUGAUCGUGCUGGGCACUGGCCUCACGGAAUGCAUCCUCUCCGGGAUCAUGUCGGUGAAUGGAAAGAAAGUCCUUCACAUGGAUCGUAACUCUUACUAUGGAGGGGAAAGCGCAUCCAUUACACCCCUGGAGGAUCUCUACAAAAGGUUUAAUCUACCAGGAACUCCACCAGAAUCGAUGGGGCGGGGAAGAGACUGGAACGUGGACCUAAUUCCCAAAUUCCUUAUGGCUAACGGUCAGUUGGUAAAGAUGCUGCUCUACACAGAAGUCACUCGCUACUUAGACUUCAAGGUGAUCGAGGGGAGCUUCGUCUACAAGGGAGGAAAGAUCUACAAAGUUCCUUCCACUGAGGCAGAAGCCUUGGCAUCCAGCUUAAUGGGCUUGUUUGAGAAACGCCGGUUCAGGAAGUUCCUAGUGUACGUUGCCAACUUUGACGAGAACGACCCCCGGACUUUUGAAGGCGUUGAUCCCAAGAAGACCACCAUGCGCGACGUGUAUAAGAAGUUUGACCUGGGCCAAGAUGUUAUAGACUUCACGGGCCAUGCCCUCGCGCUCUACAGGACUGACGACUAUCUAGAUCAACCAUGCCAAGAAACAAUCAACAGGAUCAAGCUCUACAGCGAGUCGCUGGCUAGAUACGGUAAAAGCCCGUACCUUUAUCCCCUCUAUGGCCUCGGAGAGCUGCCCCAGGGAUUUGCAAGGCUAAGCGCUAUAUAUGGAGGCACCUACAUGCUGAACAAGCCUAUUGAAGAGAUUGUGAUAGAAAACGGCAAAGUGGUUGGUGUGAAGUCCGAAGGGGAGGUUGCGCGCUGCAAACAGCUCAUCUGCGACCCCAGCUACGUCUCGGACCGCGUAACGAAGGUCGGCCAAGUGAUCCGGGUAAUCUGCAUCUUGAGCCACCCGAUCAAGAACACAAACGACGCCAACUCGUGCCAGAUCAUCAUUCCACAGAAUCAGGUCAACCGAAAAUCAGACAUCUACGUCUGCAUGAUCUCCUCCGCGCACAACGUGGCGGCGCAGGGGAAGUACAUCGCCAUCGCCAGCACUACGGUGGAAACCGCGGACCCGGAGAAGGAAAUCAAGCCGGCCUUGGACCUCUUGGAGCCCAUCGAGCAGAAGUUCGUUAGCAUCAGUGACCUGUUCGCACCGACCGACCUGGGAACCGAAAGCCAGAUCUUUAUUUCUCGCACUUACGACGCCACCACUCACUUUGAGACGACGUGCGAUGACAUCAAAGAUAUUUAUAAGAGGAUGAUGGGAUCAGAGUUUGACUUCGAAGAGAUGAAACGCAAGAAAAACGAUAUCUACGGGGAGGAGGAGCAGCAGUAAUGAGAAUCUCUAAUUAGGAGAAAUUUAAAUCGGCUAAUAUGAAUAUAUAAGGAACUUAAUGAACACUGUACGAAAUUCAAUAUUGUAAGGCCUGCUUUUGUAAUCCCAUCUCUGAGAGAUUGAAGAGUACUGCACUGGUAAUGUUCCCCUUUUGGAUAUCAUGUGUUAAUUAUUUCAUUCUAGUAGGGCUGCUGUCCAGAAUCUGGCAAAUUACUGACUGAUUUAACGACUAACCUCGUAAACGAAAGGCAGACUGAACCUUUUUUUUUUUUUUUUUUUUUCCUUUUUUUUUUUUUUUUUUUUUUUUUUGGCAGACGUAGACGUUGGUGUAGAUUUGAAAUAACUCAUUGACAGCUGUGUCUUACCUUGCAUUUUUAAUCGUUUGUAACCAUCCUUCACAAUUAUGUGCUUCUGGUGAGCUAGUAGAUGUGACGGUUGUCACUCAAACCUGAUAUCAAGGAAAAUAGAAACUGAGCACUCCAUUAUUGUGGACAGCAUCCCUAAAGUCUCUCCCAUCGAUCUAACUCUGUGGCAAGUUGUAUUAUGGACAAAGCCCACAUCUAUUGUAGCAGCAACUGUUGGCUUAGUUCUGGGCACAGAACUUAACCUCCACUUAAGCUUCUAAAACUGUUUACAUCGGUUGGGACACAGCUGUGCCUAAGGCUCCUUUGUGUUUUAAUCUUAAUAAAAUUGAGAGAACAAAUUACAGAGCAGGCAAGAUGUGGAAGUAUUUUUCUGUACCCUGGUGGCUUCUCGGCUGGACCAAACGGCACUGCGGUAUCGGUCUGACAGAGCCUCUCUGCUUCUCGUGUCUCCUGAAGGCUCCAAAUGAUUUCUGUACUGCGAAGUAAAGCCAAAUUCUGGAAACCA